GGUGCCGGGGGAGGAAGAUGGCGGCGGGGCGCUGAGGGGCCGGGCCGGGCCGCGAUCGCCACCGGGCCGCUCGGCUCCGCACCGCGACAGCUGAGGCGGCCUCGCGCUCCGGGACGCGCCGCCCCGGGGCCAGAUUCCCCCCAUGGCCGCGGGGCCGGCCCAGAAGCCGCGUCCCCGCUGGGCCUGCUCGGGCCGCGCCGCUGCCGGGCCCCGCCGAGGCCGCGGUCCGCUGAGCCCCGGAGCCUGGCCCGGGCCCCGCCGGGCCUGACCCGCCCUCCGCUCGGGAGGCUUCUGGGGCCUGCCGGGGGCGGCCACGCCUGAGGAGAGUGGGACGGGGGCAGCGCCUGCCCAGACCCCCGCACCGAGCGGCCGCAGGACCCUCGACCCGCGUCCCCUCCGGCCCCGGUCGGCACCGGCAGCGCCCUUCGGCUGCGGCACGGGCGUCAGGAUGUCCGAGAACCAGCCAAACGCCAACAACCACCACCCGGCCAACAACAACGGGGGUGGCGGGGCUGCCGGGGGCAACAACCGGGGUGUCCGAAACCCCAACCUCAACCAGAACCCCCUGAUCAACGUCCGCGAUCGGCUCUUCCACGCGCUGUUCUUCAAGAUGGCCGUGACCUAUGCUCGCCUCUUCCCACCCUCCUUCCGCCGCGUCUUCGAGUUCUUCGUCCUCCUCAAGGCUCUCUUUGUGCUCUUCAUCCUGGCUUACAUCCACAUCGCCUUCUCCCGCUCUCCCAUCAACUGCCUGGAGCACGUGCGGGACAAGUGGCCGCGCGACGGGAUCCUGCGGGUGGAGAUCCAGCGCAAUUCCAGCCGGGCCCCCAUCUUCCUGCAGUUCUGUGGGGCCGAGAAGUUCCCGGGAAUGGUAGUUGAAUCCACAGCUGAGGAAGAGGAGGAGGAGGAGGAAAUGACUGUGGAUAUGUUUGAAAACAGCUCUGUCAAGUUUGAGCUGGACAUCGAGCCCAAGGUGUUCCUCAAGCCAUCCCGGGUGAGCAGCACCGAGGCACUGACCCGCAACGAAAGCCAGGAGUUCUCGUUUAGUGAAGCAGCCACUAAAGGUAUGCAGCCUCUGAGGGAGACUGUGUCCGAGUUUGAGAUGCUAGCCCGAGCAGUGUGGCCGCAGGAGGAAUACAUCGUGGAAUAUUCGCUGGAAUAUGGGUUCCUGCGCCUGUCCCAGAGCACUCGACAGCGCCUCAGCAUCCCCGUCAUGGUGGUGACCCUGGAUCCCACCAGGGAUCAGUGCUUUGGGGACAGGUUCAGUCGCCUGUUGCUGGAUGAGUUCCUGGGUUAUGAUGACAUCCUGAUGUCAAGUGUCAAAGCUUUGGCUGAAAAUGAGGAAAACAAAGGUUUCCUUCGCAACGUGGUCUCUGGGGAGCACUACCGCUUCGUCAGCAUGUGGAUGGCCAGGACGUCCUACCUGGCAGCCUUUGUCAUCAUGGUCAUUUUUACUCUCUCUGUUUCCAUGCUCCUGCGCUACUCACACCAUCAGAUCUUCGUCUUCAUUGUUGACCUGUUGCAGAUGCUGGAAAUGAACAUGACAAUUGCGUUCCCUGCAGCUCCCCUCCUCACUGUCAUUCUGGCUCUAGUAGGGAUGGAGGCCAUCAUGUCCGAGUUCUUCAAUGACACCACGACUGCGUUCUACAUCAUCCUGAUCGUGUGGCUGGCCGACCAGUACGAUGCCAUCUGCUGCCACACCAACACCAGCAAGAGGCACUGGCUCAGGUUCUUCUACCUGUACCACUUUGCCUUCUACGCCUACCACUACCGCUUCAACGGGCAGUACAGCAGCCUGGCACUUGUCACCUCCUGGCUCUUCAUCCAGCAUUCGAUGAUUUAUUUCUUCCACCACUAUGAGCUCCCGGCCAUUCUCCAGCAGAUCAGGAUCCAGGAGAUGCUGCUGCAGAACCAGCAGGUUGGCCAUGGGACGCAGACAACACUCCAAGACAACCUCAACAACAACACCACGGCUGCCCCCGUGGAGGCUGGAGCCCGCCAGGCCCCCCUGGCCCCCGGGCCCCCCGGGGACAGCAGCAGCCCGGCCGCCCUGGCUCCCGCCGCGGCCGCCUCCGCCGGCAGCGACCUGAACUGGGUGGCCGAGACCGCCGCCAUUGUCACCGAGGCCUCGUUCCUCUCCGACCUGAGCACGACCCUCCUGGAGCCAAACGUGGCUCACGCCGGGAGCCCUCAGGACGCCGCCACCUCCAGCCUGGUCGCCCGCAUCAGGGUCAGCAGCGACCGCCCGGAGGCGGCCGUGGGCUCCAUCACCAUCCAGGUCACCUCAGCCUCCGUGGUGGCUGCAGCUGCAGAUGUUCCCCCUGCCGCAGAGGGGGCUCUGCCUGCGCCCCCCAUCCCGCUGCAGGCGGGGGCCUCUGUCCCCAGCCCCUCCCCUCCUCAGCAGACUGUGGCUGCCGAGGGCUCAGGCAGCCAAGCAGGACCUAGUGACAAGGACUGCAGGGCAGGGAGCAGCGUGGCAGGGAGCCCACCUGCCCCUGCUGAGGACACUGGCCAGGACAGACCCUUAGGCCGUGCUCUUGGGGACCAGGGGGGGAGCUGCCCCUGCCCAGCACCAGGGGAUAGUACCCUUUGCUCCAGACCUUGCUCGGAGCCAGACUUGAAGAGCCUGUCGUGAGUCCCUGUCACUGUUCUGGACUGCCAGGAAGGCGUUUGGAUUUUGUUUGUUACUGUUUCUCACUUCACCAUCAUCCUUAACCCAUUAAUUCCUCGUAGCAGCGGCAGAGCAGGACUGGAAUCGCAGCUGCCUGUGAACAGGGGGGAGCUCUUCAGACACUCCUGGGAGAAACCUGGUAAACUUCCUUUUUCUUCAGAAGAGGAGCUUAAGACCAUCCCCAGACACGAGACCUGCUCAUGCCAGGGCAAAGCUGGGCAAUAACCAAAGCAGAAAACACUGUUCA